AUGGCAAACGAGGAGCUCAUCGAACAAAUCCUACAUCCUGAUCCUCAGUAUGCCGAUCGUCUACUUUCUGAUCUAGGCUUCGCUGGCGUGCCGUCGCGCGAGCAUGUCCAUCGAGAAAUUGAAGACAAGCUACUGCUACCCAAACCUCGGCUUCCUGACCACUGGCUCUCGACAUACCAAGUUCAUUGGCAACAUACGACAUCGAUUCCCGAUCUCUUGACCCUUGAGCCGUCUGCACCUCCUACCAGCUUGUCUUUUGUCCGGACAGGCCUCGAUGGCCGUGUUACAGGAUAUGUCGAAACGCCCAACUCCCGAUUAGCCACAGGUACUACGUCGACCUCCUUGGACCGCGCUCCGGCGCCUUCUACAAACUUCGUGCGCGGGAAGUCGGGAUACGUGCCUUUCUGGCCUGGCGGUUUCGAUGAUGUGCUGAAAGACUCUAGUCAGCCAUCGGCUGGCAAUCUGAGGGGCGUCAGGGCAGUGCCACCAGGGUUGUCCAGAGGCUUGCGUCUGCCUGGGGAGGAAGUGGAGGAUGAUGAGACAAUGUCGAUCGUCGAAGAGGCUGAGCGGCAAGGGCACCGAGCGACUGUUUCCGGAGAUCUCCUGAUGAACGGGCAUGUGCCGACAAUAGAUAGAAAUGACCUUACCACCCAAGGAACCUCAGAAAUAGAUGACCUGCUGCCCACAACUGUCACGCCUCUCGUUCCGCCUGCCGCCCUCCGUCAAGGACGACGUGCGAACGUGCGAAAAAGAGACUGGGCUCAUGAAGUUGACAUCAAUAAACCGAUGCAUAAUUUCCGCGAUCUCGUCCCUGAAAUGGCGCAUCAGUAUCCUUUCGAAUUGGACACCUUUCAGAAGCAAGCCGUGUAUCAUCUGGAAAUGGGGGACUCGGUUUUCGUUGCUGCGCAUACGUCUGCGGGCAAGACAGUGGUGGCGGAGUACGCGAUUGCUCUUGCGCAGAAGCAUAUGACCAGGCACUUUCAGCCCCUUGAUCUGCUUCAGAGUGCCAUUCUCAUCGUUCAAUACAGGGCCAUAUACACCUCUCCUAUCAAGGCGCUGUCAAAUCAGAAGUUUCGAGAUUUUAAACAGACUUUCUCCUCACAAUCUGUUGGAAUCCUCACCGGCGAUGUUCAGAUCAACCCCGAGGGAAAUUGUCUUGUCAUGACCACAGAAAUCUUACGCAGUAUGCUCUACAAGGGCGCGGACCUCAUCCGUGACGUAGAAUUCGUCAUAUUUGAUGAAGUACACUAUGUGAACGAUGCGGAACGGGGCGUGGUCUGGGAAGAAGUGAUUAUCAUGUUGCCAGACCAUGUCAACAUAAUCCUCCUUUCUGCAACAGUUCCAAACACGAAGGAGUUUGCGGACUGGGUCGGGCGAACAAAAAGGAAAGACAUAUACGUUAUAUCCACUGCUCAGAGGCCGGUUCCUCUAGAACAUUAUCUCUAUUCAGGGCGCGAGAUGCACAAGGUUCUUGACGCCAAGCGGAAUUUCUUAGCGCAAGGGUACAAGGACGCAGCCGAAGCUCUUAGGCGGAAACAGGACAAGGAACGCGAAGCGGCUGGAUUAGGUCCAGUUCAACGGACCGGAGGCCGCGGGGCGCCAUCUCGUGGCGGACAGCGUGGGGGGGCCAAUGCUCAACGAGGUGCCCCUGCCAGAGGUAGAGGAACUGCGCCAAGUCGAGGCGGGCCACCUUCUCGGACCUUUCACCAGGCCGACAAAAGCUUAUACGUGCACCUUCUUGGCCACCUGAAGAAGAAAGGUCUCCUGCCUGUUGUCGUGUUCACUUUCUCCAAGAAGAGAUGCGAAGAGAACGCGGCAACGCUGACCAAUGCCGACCUCUGUACGGCGGUUGAGAAGAGUGAGGUGCACAUAGCCAUCGAAAAAGCUUUAUCAAGAUUGAAAGGGUCCGAUCGUAAGCUCCCUCAAAUAGCGAGAAUGCGCGAUCUUCUGUCGCGAGGAAUUGGCGUGCACCACGGAGGUCUCUUGCCUAUCGUUAAAGAAGUUGUGGAACUCCUUUUCGCCCGAGGACUCGUCAAGAUCUUGUUUGCGACCGAGACGUUUGCCAUGGGUGUGAACAUGCCUGCCCGAUGUGUUGUGUUUUCCGGCAUCAGAAAACAUGACGGCCGCAGCUUCAGAGAGAUUUUACCUGGUGAAUAUACUCAAAUGGCGGGACGCGCGGGGAGAAGAGGGUUGGACGCUACAGGAACCGUCAUCGUCAAUGCCAAUGAUGAUUUGCCAGAGCAAGGAAUUCUGCAUCACAUGAUGCUGGGACAACCAUCUAAGCUGCAGUCGCAGUUCCGCCUAACCUACAAUAUGAUCUUGAACUUGCUUCGGGUCGAAGCACUGAAAGUGGAAGAGAUGAUCAAGCGGAGCUUCUCGGAGAAUGCAUCGCAGCGACUGUUACCAGAUCAGCAGAGGAAGGUCAUCGAGGGCGAGAGAUAUCUAGCGACGCUUCCGAAGUUGGAGUGCGACAUUUGUUCUGCGGAUAUCGAACUAUACUACGAUAGUUCGCGGGAGAUCGUCUAUCUAAAUCAGCAACUACUCUCUCUUGCAAGCCACCACCCUCAAGGGAUCAGAACACUGGCCGCAGGUCGCGUGGUUGUCCUUCGCGACGGCCAUUUUCGGUGCAAUGUGGGUGUGCUAUUGAAGCCAGCACCUCCACAAGCCACCGAACUCGGCACCAUCAAUCAAACCAAGAUGUACUUCGUAUUGGCCCUUGUGAACCCAGAAACCAAACGCCGUGAAAAUGACAUAGACUCCCAGAUGGUUGCACCUCGCUGGGACUUCCAGCCAGAAUCGCUCUUGGUGCAGGAUGGCCAAUACGAGCUAUCAGUGAUCCCAGUGACAAGCAUCGCAAUGGUGACGGAUCGUAUCCUGAAGGUCGACGCGGACGCUAUUGCAACGAUACAUAAGAUAGCUCCCAUGCGCGACGCGGCCGUAAGCCUUGCAUCCGUGGUUGAAGAAUGGAUCACGGGUGGCUGCAUCCCAGAAGCUGAAUGGGUGAAAAUGCGGUCCUUGGAGUUUCAGGAGCUUCUCCGUUCAAGAGAUGUCAUUGCACAGCGAUUAUCAGGACGCGCCUGUACGUUAUGUGCUGACUUCGAGAAACACUACUCCAUCAUGCACAGCGAGAAAAUCUUACGUGCCAGCAUUGCCGAGCUGAAAUUAGCCAUCUCUGACCAAAAUCUUGAACUCAUUCCUGACUACGAGCAGAGGAUCGCUGUUCUACAGGAACUCAAGUUUAUUGACGAACAGUCCACUGUUCUACUCAAGGGACGUGUGGCAUGCGAGAUCAACUCUGCCAAUGAACUCGUGCUCACUGAGCUUAUCCUCGAGAAUGCAUUGGCUUCCUACGAACCGGAAGAGAUCGCGGCAUUAUUAUCCUGCUUCGUGUUCCAAGAAAAAACGGACAAUGAACCAUCUGUUUCGCCGAAAUUGGAGGAGGGGCGUGAUACGAUCCUCGCCAUCGAGGCACGUGUAGGGCGCGUACAAGAUGCGCACAAAGUCGCUGCGGAAGAAUUUCGCGCACUCAAGUUUGGUCUGAUGGAAGUUGUCUACGAAUGGGCUAAGGGCAUGCCAUUUGAGCAGAUUACCGCUCUUACGGACGUUGCGGAAGGAACGAUCGUGCGGUGUAUCACUCGCUUGGAUGAGACAUGCAGGGAAGUGAGAGAUGCCGCGCGUAUCAUUGGCGACGCAGAUCUGAUGAAAAAGAUGGAAGAUGCCCAGACGAAGAUAAAGAGGGAUAUCGUAUUUGCGGCAAGCUUGUAUUUCUAAUAUGUACACAUGGUGAAAUGACGACUCAAGAUACCGCAACCCUCCGUGCCAGGACUGGUGACGAGCAAACACAAACAUCGACCACCCACAAUGUUCUGCUGUUUUCAAGGAGGCCUUCCAGGGUGGAUCUUAGCCUCGCGUUUGCAGCAGCUGCGCGCUGCCAUCGCAGUUUGCGUACGUCGGCACGGAGUAGGACAGCCGACGUCCGAGCCUUUGCAAGCAGACGACUCCUGAAGACUUGUGGCGGAUCCCGUGAUGACUCGUAUCCUUUGGUUUCGGGGGCAAGGAGCGGCUUCAAAGCGUCACUGAACCUUGCAUCCGUGAUACAGCAAGCACUGAUCGAAGGCAACAAGCUACACAGCACUAUCGUUCCGAUAGCAUCGAUACCAUUCGUGACCUCGUGCUGGUGCCCGCACUUCGUCGCGGCGCUGUAUUAAUGUCAGGAUCCUCGAUGGAUCUGACGAUGAAGCAACACCACUCACCGCAUCCUGUGCUGUACGCCUCGGCGGACAUGCCGGACAAUAUGGUCCCCGUGUGCUAUCCAGUAUCUAUUCCCAACAGGCGCACCGACCAAUCAUGGGUAUCUAAAUCACCUAUUCGGGUCCACGGCCUUUUUGGAAGCUUGCCGGCGCAAUGACACGUUGAGAACGAGCUGUUCAAACUACUCAGUGGAUACAGCGUCAACUCACCCGAAGGAGCUCAGACCCUUAGGGCACAAGCUAUCACUGCUAUCAUCACGCUGUAUAUCUACAGUCUCGAGCUGGCCGCUUUCAUGGGUGACGAUGCAGCUCUGACAAAGGAUAGUGUCGUUCCAGCUGCCUGCUCCGCUGUAUAAAAACCCACUCGCCUUCGUUGAACAUCAGCCACCCAAGGUUUCUCGACUCUGUUGGCUGCUCCUCGAAAGAAUCAUCUACUACAUUGUUAUGGCUUUCAUCAAUCGUCUUGGCACACAUGCAUUCCAACCUGCAGCU